AUGUGCAGGUACUACCCAAAGACCAAUGUGCCUGUAGCCGAUUCUGACGCACCUCUUGGACCACAGAAUAUCGAUGAGACCUUUCAAUGGGCUGGAGCGUUCUUGAAGCGCUUGUAUGCGCACUUUGGUCGGGCCAAGGUCUUGCGAAAACUCAAGCAGUGGCGGUGGAACUGCACUACUUUGUUCUCCGGGGUGGGCUGUGCUGAAACAGCCUUGCUUUCCCUCCAGUCCGCAGUGAAGAAGGAGAUCCCACACUCUGUGGCGCCGUGCGCUCGCAUCUUGUGGGCCUGCGAAAAGGAUGAACACUGUCAGACCGUACUGCAAUCGACGUACAACUCAUGUUUGUUUGGAGAUGUCAUGGAGUUUGACCUUCCAUCCAAAACAGAGCUUUGGUGUUUGAAGCACCAGCGCAUGUGCAAGUGUGAUGUGCCACGAGCACCUUGCCAACCCUACAGCAAAAUGGGGCUUCAACGCAAGGAGAAGGAUCCAAAAUUCGCAGUUCAUGAGAGGUAUUGGACCCAAGCCCAGCAUGCUGCGGAGAUUCACAUUGUGGAAAACGUGAGCGAAUACGAUGUAGCUAGCUACAAGAACCACUAUCUUGGCCCCGACUCUGAGUGGGGAUGUGAGGUGGCGAAAAUCGAUCCUCGUUUGUGGGGAUUCGGAUGCGCAAGGCCACGUGUGUACGCAGUCCUCUACAACAAGAAGUACGUGGCCUGGGAUGAGGACUUUCCGUUUAAGGAUGUUCUGAUGGGCUUGAGGGCACAACCUGUGAUGAAAGCUUCGGACUUCUUUUUCUUGAGCCCGAUCCCCAAGCCAUUGGCGAGGAACCUGCGUGACUAUAUGGACAGCUCCAAGUUCUCUCGCGAGCAUUGGGAGGUUGCUCAGAGGGUGAUCACACCAGAGGAGUUGUUUGCCACCCACUGCCUUCCAGUGAGCAGUCGCCACGCAAAGCUCUCUGGAUCGCCGCAGCUCCAGGUUUCCCGUACCUGCCGCACACAGCAGGUCAAAAUGGCAGGGAAUGGUAUGAACUGCCCCACAAUGGGAGUGUUCGUAUUGGCCGCGAUCCUUGGCCUCUCCUAG